AUAAUAAUAAUCCUAUGUGAUUUGUCCAAGCAAUUUGAGUCCCUAUAAAUCCCACACAUCCCAAAAAACUCCCAAAACUUUCCCACCAAACAAAACACAUGAUCUCCCAUCAUGGAAAAAUUAGAUCAAAUUCCGUUAGAAACCAUACUCAUGUCUACACUUUCCACCUUCACUUCUCACCAACUUUCAGAUCUAACACUUUACUUCUCAUCCCUCCACCACCGCCAUCACCGCCGUAUUUUCUCUCUCCUCUCCUCUCCGAUGCUAUUUUCUCUCACCUUACACCACCUUCACUCUCUCUCUCUACACAACAAAUCCCUCCUCAUAGCCAAGCACCUUUUGUCUAAACUAGCAAUUUUCACUCAUUUCAUGCAUAAUGAUACAAUCUUGCCACCACCAUCAACCACCUCUAUGAAACACCGCGAUUUAGACGUGGUUCUCCUCCUCCUUCUUCUAUGUGAAUUACGCCAACAUGAUCCGGAAGCACUCGAUAUACCUCCAUCAAGGUGGCGCGUUGUUAUUUGUCAAUACAUAGCUAAAGAUGCACUAAAAUUCUCUAGCAUUAGUUGUUCCAACAGAGAAGUCAUAAUGAAGUUUAUUGAUAUGCUGGCAAAGUGCAAGAACUUUGUCAAUGCUAUGAUUCAUGCAGGUAAUGGUAUUGGGGGGAAAGAUAGGAAGGAGGUGGCAACAUCAAUAGCGAUAGUGGUAGCACUACCAUCAGUAGAAGCGAGCAACGACAACGACGGGAGGAAAGAAUGUGUUAUAUGUAAAGAAGAGAUGAAAGAAGGGAGAGAUGUUUGUAAAUUGCCAUGUCAUCAUACAUUUCAUUGGAUAUGUAUAUUGCCUUGGUUGAAAAAAAGGAACACGUGUCCAUGUUGCCGGUUUCAGCUACCGUCGGAUGAUGUUUUCGCUGAGAUCCAACGGUUGUGGGAAGUUGUGGCCAAGAUGAGUGAUAGUGCAAAGUUUUUAGGAAUUAGUAAUUGUAAUUAGUUUUUAAUUAAGUAAAAAUAAUCUUAUAAAAUUAGCACAAUAUAGCUACUAAUGUUUUUUUUUUCUUCAAGUAAUAAAACACUACAUUUAUCAUAUGUUAUAAAUCAAUACUAUAUACAUUAUCAGUUAUACCUCAAGUUCCAA